UUAUUUUCAGUUACUCUAUCUAAAUGGCCUGUGCACCUUUCUCUUAAUAUCAACUUUUACUUUGUGACACGCGUGCAACAUUCUGCACAAGUCUUGCAUUCAAUAAAAAUCGGCAAGGUGAAUAGAUUAUUCGGACGCGAGAGAGAACCGAUGUCGACUAUCAUCCCAUGUUUACACGCCAUGGUUGUUCAAGUAUCACGAUUAUCAUGGAGAGACGUUACAUGUCUACCUCAACUUUGCGAUACUCACGUGCGCAACAUUCCUCACAGGUGUAGCGAUUGGAUGAAAGUCAAAAGUCGCACAGAGUACUUCGACACGGGAACCGGUCUGUUCGAUGUCAACGGUUUCACUCGCAAUGUCGAUCUCGCGACAGAAAACUUAGUUGACUAUCACCCAGCCAAGUGGUCUUCAGCGUAUCGCGCAAAUUCCCUUUUAUGCGCAGUCCCCACCAGCAGAAGUGGGUUUCACCUUAGAGUAUUGGUAUCAGUUCGCUCGCGACUAUAUAAUCUUGUCGAGUCUGGAGUUCGAUGUCGGGGAUCGCAGAAGUGGCAUUCGUUCUCGUUAGACAGUCCAAGAGUGGACUGGCCCAAUGUAAGGCCAUUUCCUCUGACUCACGAUAGCGCACUUAGUGCAGAGCAUACGUUUAGUCGUACAGGAUGAA